GUGACGUUUCAACACAAUAUUGCAAAUAAACUCUUAAGUGUUGACUCUAGCGGCGAUAAGCGAGUCUAACAACUGCAAGGAAGUGUUUUACUGCAGCAGCAAUUACAAAAACCCUGUCUGGGCAAGGCAUAGGUUGCAGUUUUAUUUUUUAAUGUGCGAUAAGAGCCUAUUCCGGAAACAAAUAGUCAUUCGACUUGCAGGUCUCAAGAGAAGAGUUGCACCUCCUUUGAAUUGUUUUGCUCAAAUACUUGCACGAAAAACCAACACAUCGAAAGGCAAGAUGAAUUUGGAGGAAUACUUUAAAAGAAUUGGUUUCCAUGGCUCUUUUGAUAAGCUGGAUCUUGCAACACUGAAGCUGAUUCACAAACUGCACGUCAUGUCAAUUCCUUUUGAGAACCUCAGCGUUCACUGUGGUGAGAGGAUCAUCAUGGAUCUUGAGGUCAUUUACAACAAGAUAGUGAGGAGCAGCCGUGGUGGUUGGUGCCUUGAGAACAACUUCCUGUUUGGCUGGGUGCUGAGAGAAAUGGGCUACGACACCACAAUGCUGGGCUCCAGAAUUUUCUCUAGUACCACCAAUGAUUUUUUACCCGCUGAAACUCAUCUCAUCAACAAGAUCAUCAUUGAUGGAAAGGCUUAUAUAGCAGAUGUAAGCUUUGGGGUGUCUUCUCAAGUGUGGGAGCCCCUGGAGCUUGUCUCUGCAAAGGACCAACCUCAGGCAGCAGGUGUCUUUCGCCUCAUAGACAAGGGGGACAUCUGGGUGCUGGAGAAAACUGGUAGAAAGCCAGAGAUUCUCAAUCCAGACUUUGCAAAAUCAAGCCUGGUGGACUGGAAGGUAACAAAGCAGAUCUAUGGCUUCACCUUGGUGCCUCGUGAGGUUGAUCAUUUCUUGGAGACAAACCACACACUCCAGACAGAUCCUGCUUCACUGUUCAUCAGGAAGUCCAUCUGCUCUCUGCAGACACCAACAGGAUUCAGAGCCCUUCUUGGCCGGACCUACAGUGAGGUCACCUACAAACCUGAGGAAGGUGUGAAUGUCUUUGACAUGAGGAACAUAACAGAUGAUGAGAUAGAGCAAAUUCUGAGGGAAAAAUUCAAUGUAAAGCUGCAGAACAAACUGCAGCCUGCAAACAACAAAGCAUGCUGCAGAACAAACUGCAGCCUGCAAACAACAAAGCAUGGUAACAUUAACCAUGUUCAUCUGCAGGAUACACUACCAAAGUUCAAGCAGCACAUCACCAUUGCCACUUGA